AUAUAGUAAAAAAUUUUAAACUUCAGAUUCAGCCGUUGCAUUGGCUUAAGUUUGAUUAAAUAUAUAUUCGGCAAUCUGAAUUCUGAAAAGAUUAAAUGAUUCUGUAUUUUUUUCAGCAUCGUAUGUUAGUAUUCUGAAAUGCAAAUAUCAAAGAAAAAAGCUGUUGACGAACCUAUGGAUGUAGAUGAGGCUCCGUCUCGUGAAAACAGAGAAAACCGUAACAACGAUGACGAAAUAGAUCAUAUAUCUGAUGAUGAGGAAGGGGGUGUGCGUAUAGGUGAUAUCUACAUACCCCCGGCUCCCAGACCUGCUCUUACUUUUGAUACUACCGGCCCAAGGCUUAUCAUAACGCACAUUUUAAACGAAAACUUUAAAAGUUAUGCGGGUGUGCAAAAACUUGGCCCUUUUCACAAGAGUUUCACAGCUAUCAUAGGACCAAAUGGAAGUGGAAAAAGCAACGUUAUAGAUUCAAUGCUUUUUGUGUUUGGUUAUCGAGCCAGCAAGAUAAGAUCUAAGAAGAUAUCAGUACUGCUACAUUCAUCAAGCAAAUUUCCGAAUGUUAAUAGUGCUACAGUAUCUGUCCAUUUUUGCCAGAUCAUUGAUAGGGAAGGCGAUGAGUUCACAAUAGUCCCUAACACCGAGAUCGUAGUGUCAAGAACAGCGUUUAGGGAUAAUUCAUCUUUUUACACGUUAAAUGGAAGACGAGUUCAAUUCAAGGAAGUAGCCAGAAUGCUGAGGUCUCAUGGAAUUGAUUUGGACCACAACAGAUUUCUCAUCUUACAGGGCGAAGUGGAACAAAUUGCUAUGAUGAAACCCAAAGGUCAGACCGAACAUGAAUCAGGAAUGUUGGAGUAUUUAGAAGAUAUAAUUGGUACAUCGAGAUAUAAGGAACCAAUAGAAAAGCUCAACGUAAGGGUGGAAGAAUACACGGAGAUGCGAAAAGACAAAUUAAACAGGGUCCGAUUGGUGGAACAAGAGAAACAAAGAUUGGAACAGCCAAUGAGGGAAGCCGUAGAUUUAAUGGAGCUUACUAACAUAGCACUGAGGACCAGGAAUAUGUUGUUGCAGAAGUAUAUACACGAAACCAACAAAAUAAUAGAGAGCAAGAACAAAGAGUUAGAUGAACUGAAAGAGAGUUUGAGCAAAAUAGAUGAGCAGUUGGCUGAAGUGAAACAAGAAUUGAGGGAUAAAACUAUCGAAUUGAAGAAUGGCACACAACAGUAUGAUGAGAUGCAAAAGAAAAAAGAUGAAAUUGGGGAUACAUUACAAAUGUCCAAACGCAAGCAAGUGACAGUCCAAGCUGACAUAACUCAAGGGAAUAAGAAGAAAAACAAUUUGGAGGAAAUGUUGAAGACUGAAAAGGGGAAAUUGAUCGAAUUGGAACUGGUCCCCGAAAAAAAUAAACGUGAAAUAACAGAUUGUGAAGAAUUGUUAGGCAAACAUGUGAACAGCAAGAAGCAGGCCGAAGAUGAACUCCAAACGGCUAUGGCUGGUGUUAGAGAAAAAACCAAAGGCCUACAAGAGCAGAAAGACGUAUUGCAAUCGAAGUUAAUCGAAUUGAAGAAAAUAGUAGAUGAAGCGAAUAAAAACUUUAAAUUAGCAGAGUCAGAGCUUAAAAUUUAUUUAAGCACUGAGCUGAAAGAGACGGAGAAAUUGGAAAGAAUGAGGGAAGCUUACGAGAAAGCUGUCACUGAUUUGGAAGAGAAAAAGACUAUGCGCGGUAAUCUAUCAAAAUCGGUGCCAACUCAAGAAAAGGAGUUCACCCAGAUCAAGAACCGACUGGCUACAUUGAGGACCGAGGAGACAAGCACUGUUACGGAAGCCAGAGCUUUAAGGGGUCAAUUAGAAGAGUCGAAGCAAGCGAUGAGCGCCAAUAGAUCUCGUGGUCGAGUGCUUGAUGCUUUGAUGAGUGAAAAACGCGCUGGACGAUUACCAGGGAUAUUUGGUAGAUUGGGUGACCUCGGCGGCAUAGACAGUAAAUACGAUGUUGCUAUAUCAACGUGUUGCGGGGCGUUGGACAAUAUUGUAGUAGAUGUCGUUGAUACUGCGCAGGAGUGUGUUGAGUUUUUAAAAAGAAAUGAUAUUGGACGAGCAACUUUUAUCGCUCUUGAUAAACAGCAACAUUUGAAACGAUACUACGAGAAGAGGUGUACUUUCCCAGAAAACGUUCCUCGCCUGUUCGAUCUAGUCCAAGUGAAGGACGAGCGUGUGUUGCCGGCCUUUUAUUAUGCGUUACGGGAUACGCUGGUCGCAAAAGAAUUAGAGCAAGCGUCACGAAUCGCGUAUGGAGCAACGAGAUAUCGAGUGGUAACACUUAAUGGAGAUGUCAUUGAGAUUGCUGGUACAAUGUCCGGUGGUGGUAAAUCCGUCUCCCGGGGAAGGAUGUCCAGCUCAGUGCAGCAAGACACCAGCGAACAGGACCCUCGAGUUAUUCAGCAGACAGAGGAGAAGUUAUCUCGGACUGAGCAGAGGUUAUCAGAAAUCCGGAGUGAACAAGCUACCUUGGAAGAGAAAUUUUCGUCACUUCAGGGAGGUGUUCAAGAGGGGAAGAGGUUGUUGCAUAAACUUGAAAUUGAGUUGAAUAGUUUGAAGGAGCAAGUGCCCAACUUACAGAAACAAGUUCAACAACAAGAGAGAAAGGUGGACUCUUGUAAAGUAGAUGAAGCACAAAAGUCAAGGCUGGAAGGUAAAGUUCAAAAAGCUGAAGAUCAACUUAACAAGGCUAAGAACGAUGCUGGAGAGGUGGAAAAAGAAGUACACGGGAUAGAUGCUCAGAUAGCGACGGUGGCUGGGAACAAAGUGAAGGAGUUGCAGAAAGUAGUUGAAGAUCUUGGAAAGAAGAUCGAUAAAGUUAACGCUGAGAUCGCUAAGCUACGGGUGGGAAUCAACACUAGUGUACGUAAUGCAAAGAAAUCCAAAGAUAAGAUAACACAAAUGGAGACAGAUUUGAAGGACACAGAAGAAAAUUUGGAGAGUCUUAAAAAUCAGAAGAAACAACUCACCUUGGACGUGUCAGAACUGCAAAAGGAGUUUGAAGAGUUAGGUGAGCGAAUAACGGAGGGUACAAGUGAAUUUGCCGGACUACGCAAGGACAUAGUGAAGUUGCAGGAAAAGGAGAAUAAACUGAAAAGCGAAAGGCUCGAAGCGAACAACGCAGUUAGUAAAAUGGAGAAGUCUAUACAGGACUGUAACUGUAAGACUCCACAGUGGGACAGAGAGUUAAAAUCUCUGAAACUAGAAGAUCCAGGUAUAGAGAUUCCGGGUAUAACACGCCCCACUCCAUUGGUGACGCACGCGAGUGAAGAGCUAGAGGAAUGUUCAGUGGAUGAAUUGAGAAACCGGCUGACAGCACAAAAAGCUAGAGUUGGAGAUAAUAAACCCAAUUUACAAGCGAUUCAGGAUUUCAGAGCGAAAGAAGAAUUAUAUUUAAAGAGAGCAGCAGAGUUAGAUGAGAUCACAACUAAAAGGAAUGAGAUGAGGAAUUUGUAUGACCAAUUGCGUAAAAAGAGGACUACUGACUUCUUGAGUGGUUUCAACACAAUAACAACGAAGUUAAAGGAAAUGUAUCAAAUGAUAACUUUGGGAGGAGAUGCGGAGCUCGAACUCGUCGACUCACUCGAUCCUUUUACUGAAGGAAUUAUUUUCAGUGUGCGACCGCCAAACAAAUCGUGGAAGAAUAUUUCAAAUCUCUCCGGAGGUGAGAAGACGUUAUCAUCAUUGGCUUUGGUCUUCGCCCUUCAUUACUACAAGCCAACACCGCUUUAUGUGAUGGACGAAAUAGACGCCGCCUUGGACUUUAAGAAUAUCUCAAUCGUGGCUAAUUAUAUUAAGGAACGAACGAAGAACGCCCAGUUCAUCAUAAUCUCCCUCCGUUACAAUAUGUUUGAAGCCUGCAAUCGUCUUGUUGGGAUCUACAAAACUCAAGAUUGCACUAAAUCUGUCACAAUCGAGAAUAGAGUACCCGGAGACGAUAAUUUCGAUAAUCUAAUAAAUAGUUAAGGCUUACGUGUUAAAUUUUUUUUUACUUUUUUCUAUGCAUAAGACUAAAUACUUUGAAUUGCUAUAAUAAAUAUACAUACUGAAAUA